GGAUGAUGACAGAGAAAUCGCUCCAUCUCCUCUUCUGCUUAGCUUUCUCUAGAAAAGAAGCAGACAUAAUCUCCCAAUCCCGCAACCCAAUUCUUUGAAUAUAUUGUGCAUGAUUGUUCCUUUUGCCUUUAUUUCUUGGUGGUUUAUUUUUGUUUUGUUGAGGGAGAUGGGAAGGAAUCAAGAAAGCAAAGCAGGGGUGUUCUUCAUGGCGACUUUAGUGAUGUGGGCUGUCUCAGUUCUCUUUGAAAUCGGGUUCAAUAAGCGCUCUGAGCUGCUUCCAAUCAUUGGGGGCUUCUUGUUUUACCAAUCUGCCAACUGGGUCAUCCGCAAUUACCUCUCUCGUGAUCCUCUUUUUGUUAAUACCUGUGUUUCUCUGCUCCAUUCCUCCAUUACCUCUGCUACAGUGGUCAUUAUCAUAAUCAAUCGGUGGAUGACAAGUAGUACAAAAGACAUGUUUGAGCAUUCGCAGUUGGUUGAGACUACUUGGCCUGGAGCAUAUGCAGCUUUGUGCAUCUCAAGUGGUUACUUUGCUUAUGAUCAGGGGGAUAUGUUACUUUAUCAUCUAUACAGUGGUCCAAUCCCUUCUAUCUUAUCUCAUCAUCUUAUACUCCUGAUUUGCUUUAUUCUUGCCCUAUAUCGGAAUGUUACAAUCAACUAUCUCAUUCUCACCUUGAUUUGUGAGCUGCAUUCAGUAAUUUUGCACAUGCGAAAGGUGCGGCGGAUGACUGGUGUUCGUGAUGCCCGCAUCAAAGUUGUGAAAAUAGAAUGGGUUGUCAACCUGAUUACCUUUGUUUUAGCAAGAUUUUCGUCUCAUGUUCUAAUCACUGUGAAGCUAAUCAGAGACGCUUCCAAGUUUGGCAAAGGUGUGGAACUUCCGCUUGCACUCUUCGGAAUGGCUGGAAUGAACUUGCUUAAUGUAUUUUUGGGCAUUGAUCUGUUUAAAGCAUAUCAAAGAGAGAGGAGAACUCGAAAUGUAUCUUCAAAAUCAUCAUGAAUGACUGACUUGAAGGCCAAAAGUUGCUGUUCUUGUUAACCAAAUUACAGGUUAAUUAUUCUUUCUUUCUUUUUGUCUUGGCAAAUGGGGUUUUGGGGUGGGAUGGUUAUAUCUUAUUGUAGGAUUCAUUAGUACGUACAAUUGUACAUGGCAUGUUUUGUAUACAUACACAUGAGAGGAAAAAAGCAGGGGAAUUUUCGUUAAGAAACAGGUGAAGUGAUGGUAUCCAGUUGCUUUCAGUGGGAUGCACUUUCAUA